AUGGCUUCAGGCCCCGAAAAUGGUUUCUACUCCUCAGGUCAGUUCAUGAAUCCAGGUCCGGCACCUCGCCCUCCCACAGACCGACCUCGACAUCUGGAACUGCAGCGCUCAAACACCUCAAUACCGACCACUGCCUUCGAAUCCAUGUCUUUAGGAGGCCCCGCCUCGCCUGCCGUCAGUACUCCAAGUGCCCCGUACUUCUCCAAUGGCAGUUCGUUGUCCCUGUCAACAACCGGGAAACCCUCGGGCCCGGUCACUAUCAUCAAGGAAGGCCAUGUGCGCUGCAAAGAAGACAAGUUCCUCGCCCAGUGGAACCAACGAUACCUGAUUCUCCGCGAGUUCAGACUAGAUUUCUUGAAGAGCGAGAAUGGAAAACUCAUGCAAUCCAUCCAGUUGAACACCGUAACGGGAGUGACUCGUUCUGAAGAGACCCGGAUGGCCUUUGAGAUAACCCGCAUUGCCAAUCCCAAAGAUGCAGGCGGCAAAAUCAUCAUGGCCCGCGACUUGCCCACCCGGACCAUUACUUGUGAAGUCCGCAAUGACGACGAAAUCUAUGACUGGAUCGACAAAAUAUAUGAGCGAUGCCCAGGCAUGGGGGGCGUAAGUAAUCCCACAAACUUCAGCCAUCGCAUCCAUGUGGGCUUCGACCCUCAAACAGGCGGCUUUGUCGGAUUGCCGCAAGAGUGGGAGAAACUGUUGAACAACUCCGCCAUUACAAGAGAUGACUACAAGAAGAAUCCCCAGGCUGUCAUCGAAGUUUUACAGUUUGUUUCAGACCAGAAAAUGCGUGAGCAACAUCCCGAAAUGUAUACUCCUGGCAUGGUCACUCCGCCAGCAACCCAGCCCAACAAACAGCUUGGAUACCCGACAGGGGGGAAUAGUGUUGCUCCUCCGAGGCCAACACCACCCACAGAUGCACAACGGUAUAAUUCUAAUCAGUUCAUCAACAAAUAUCAGGAGGGUCCUUCCCGGAUAGGAACUCCACCCACGAAGCCACCGUUACAGCGGGUGCAAACAGAUAAGGGAGCAUAUGACAUGGAGGCCGACGCCGCCCGGAUCAAGGCGAUCGCUAAUGAAGAACUAAAGCGCCGUCAGAUGGAAGCGGAAGCGAAACGGGCGAGAGACGUUGAAAGACAAAGAGAACAGGAGCGAGAGGACAUGGAGCGCAGCCGCAGGGAGCAAGAAGCCUAUAAUGCUUCACUACCAAAGACGCGCCCGCCGUUGGCUCAACAGGAGAUCGGAGGAUACGGAGGAGGCUCUGAACGUGGGCCCAACCGGCAAGAUCCUAGAUAUAAUCCCGCAAGAGCCGCUCCAAGUGCUCCCCAGCAAUCAUCAUCAGGGUCACUCAGGCAAAAUCCUACAGCGCAAAGACCGGGCCCUUCAGCCCCGAGCAGCAGUUCCCAGAAAUCUAUCCCCCAAUCCCUGUCUGCCAGUCAGAGUUCGUUACGAUCACCAGAAAGCAGAGAGCGCGAUCGUCAGCCCUCACCAAAUGCGAGAUAUCCGCCAGGCGACUCCACUCCCAAACCGCAGGCGAAUGGAGUUAAUGGACAGUCUGCAAGUCGGUCACAAGGAUCUGUACAGCAACCCAAGCCUCUCAAUGUCGCGAAACAGCCGCAGGCGAAACCUGCAGCUGACCCGCGCAAAGAGGCAGAAAUUGCAUUGACAGCGAAGAAGCCGGUCGAAGAGCGCGCCAAGGAAGUUCGGAUGUCGAGCAUGAGCGAAAGCGAGGUCAUGGCCAAGCUCAAGCAGGUGGUGUCUAAAGAUAAUCCCUUGGAAUCAUACAGCAAGCAAAAGAAAAUUGGCCAGGGCGCUUCCGGUUCAGUCUACGUUGCUCGGGUCAAGGAAAGCGCAACAUCCGCUGUGGCACGUGAACUGUAUCGCACGCACGGUCCGAAGGGCCAAGUUGCUAUCAAGCAGAUGGAUCUUCGGAACCAACCGCGAAAGGAGUUAAUCGUCAACGAAAUCAUCGUCAUGAAAGAUUCCAAACAUCCCAAUAUCGUCAACUUCCUCGAUUCUUUCCUUCAGGAGCAGAACAACGAGCUAUGGGUGGUGAUGGAGUUCAUGGAAGGCGGUGCGCUUACGGAUAUAAUUGACAAUAACCCGGUGAUCACCGAGGACCAGAUUGCCACAAUCUGCUAUGAAACCUGCAAGGGACUCGCUCACCUGCAUUCUCAAGACAUCAUUCACCGGGACAUUAAGAGUGACAAUGUGUUGCUCGACCGAGUCGGCAAUGUCAAGAUCACCGAUUUUGGGUUCUGCGCUAAGCUCACCGAAUCAAAGAGCAAACGCGCCACAAUGGUUGGUACACCAUACUGGAUGGCACCCGAAGUGGUGAAGCAGAAAGAAUACGGACCUAAGGUCGACAUCUGGUCUCUUGGUAUUAUGGCUAUUGAGAUGAUCGAGUCGGAGCCGCCAUAUCUCAACGAAGAGCCGCUGAAGGCCCUAUUCUUGAUUGCGACCAACGGCACACCGCGCUUGAAGAACCCCAACAAACUCUCACGGGAGCUGAAGGCAUUCCUCAGUGUCUGUCUCUGUGUCGACGUCAGGAGCCGCGCGAGUGCGGACGAAUUGCUCCGGAACGACUUUAUGCGCAUGGGUUGCAGCUUAGCGAGUCUGAGUGAGCUUUUGAAAUGGCGAGAAAAGGGUCGGCAAUGA